AUGUGGACUCCUACUUGUGAAGAAAGUGAAGAUCAGACUCUGGACUUGAGUCUUGAUGAAACUCAGAUUGACAAGUCUACCACUUUAAAGAUUCACAAUAAUACUUUGACAGAGAAACCGUGUUUUGAAUGUGACACUUGUGGGAAAUCAUUCCCGGUCAAGGCCAGUUUGUGCAGACAUCGCAGAAUCCAUACUGGUGAAAAGCCGUAUACAUGUAACACCUGUGGGAAAAUAUUCUCUAAAAUAACCAACUUAAAAGUGCACAUGAGAACACACACAGGUGAGAAGCCGUAUCCAUGUAACACCUGUGAGAAAAGAUUCUCUACGCUGAGCGCAUUAAAAGUGCACAUGAGAACACACACAGGUGAGAAGCCGUACCCAUGUGAUACCUGUGGGAAAAGCUUUUUUGAGAGGAGACAAUUAAAAGGACACAUGACUCUCCAUACAGGUGAGAAGCCGUACCCAUGUAACACCUGUGAGAAAACAUUCUCUACGCCGAGCGCAUUAAAAGUGCACAUGAGAAUCCAUACAGGUGAGAAGCCGUACAAAUGCAAUACCUGUGGGAAAUCAUUUGUGCUCAAGUCCACUUUGUGCACACAUCUCAGACUCCAUACUGGUGAAAAGCCAUAUACAUGUAACACCUGUGGGAAAAUAUUCUCUAAUAUAACCAACUUAAAAGUGCACAUGAGAACACACACAGGUGAGAAGCCGUACCCAUGUAACACCUGUGAGAAAACAUUCUCUACGCUGAGCGCAUUAAAAGUGCACAUGAGAAUCCAUACAGGUGAGAAGCCGUACCCAUGUGAUACCUGUGGGGAAAGCUUUUCAGAGAGGAGACAAUUAAAAGUGCACAUGACUCUCCAUACAGGUGAGAAGCCGUACCCAUGUAACACCUGUGAGAAAACAUUCUCUGCGCUGAGCACAUUAAAAGUGCACAUGAGAGUCCAUACAGAUCAGGCUCCUUCACACUGUGUUAAUCUGGUGGUGUUUGUGGCUGUUCUGGCAUGUGAGAUGAAACGAAAGGAAUAG